AUGAAUGGCAACGACGUCAUGGGCGAGUAACCACUUCACAUCAUAUACAAAGGCGAUUCUCCAGCACAGCAGAAUACACAGAAUUGCUCUACCGUUCUUAUCAAUUUGCCUCAUACUUGAGUAUAAGGAAUAUUCCCCUAUAACAGAACGGCCGUCUGAAUAUUAGUGUCGUGAUCGAAUCCGUCCUGCCCCGCCGACCCCGCCAAAACAGGUUGACCGAUUCGACAUCACUCCGGAACACUCCAUUCCUCUUCUCUUCCUCUUCUUUUUCUCUUCUCCCUUCAAAUUACCUAUCUAUCACAUAUAGCACUAGAUCAUUAUAUCCCUCACCAUGACUACCUCCUCUCCCGUCCUCUACAGCUUCCCCAACACCGACACUGUGGCCAAGCAAUUGCGGCCCUAUGUGCUCCGGGCUCAGAAUUCCGCUAUCAACCGUCACAACACCUUUCGCCUUGCCGUCUCCGGUGGCUCUCUGCCAGCCAUCCUAGCUGAAGCCCUCCUGGCCCCCAGCAAUGGCUCCCCUGAAGACACCCCGCAGUUCUCCAAGUGGGAGAUCUUCUUCGCCGACGAGCGCGCCGUGCCCCUCGACCACCCAGACAGCAACUACCGUCUCCUGAAGGACGAGCUUGUCAGCAAGAUUCCCUCGGAAUUGGGUACCCCCAACAUCCACCCCAUCAAUGAGAAACACGUCGGCGACGACGACCCGCAGGAACUGGCCGACCUGUACCAGGAGGAUCUGAUGCGCUCUUUUGCCGCCAAGGACAGCGUCAAGUUGCCCGUUUUCGACCUCAUCCUCCUGGGCUGCGGUCCUGACGGUCACACCUGCAGUUUGUUCCCUGGUCACGAGCUGCUGCGCGAGAAGGACGCCUGGGUGGCAGCUGAGACCAACUCGCCCAAGCCCCCGCCGAAGCGCAUUACCUUGACCCUUCCUGUCGUCACUCAUGCGCUCAACGUUGCCUUUGUUGCUACCGGUGGUGGAAAGAAGGAUAUUCUGAAGCAGAUCUUUGAUACUGAAGAGGGUCGUAGCCUGCCUUCGGCUCUGGUUAACCAGGGUGCUGGUGAGAAGGUCAGCUGGUUCACUGACCAUCCUGCUGUGGAGGGUGUUGCAUUCCCGCGGCGCGGGAGCCUCUAAGCUUUGAAUGAUAAAAUGGAGCCCAUGUAUCUAGUAUAAGUUAUGAUUUAAAAGAGCAAAUGAAGCUU